CAUUCCUCUCUCCACCCCGGUUGACCAGGAAGGGUGUCAGGUGGAUCCACACCAGUCGUAGCAGGACUGGGCAAUAGAGAAGUUGGAGUAAUAGGAAGAGUUGUGUACUUGAUAACUAGAAUUGAGCAAUUAAGAGCAUAGAUCAUGAACCAGGCAGCAGCUCAACCCUACGCCCAGGGCAAGUUGCAAGCCUUGAGACAGGACUUCCAGGCAAAAAAGGAAGCACUGGCUAAGCAAGUACCGGUCCUUCAGGGACUUGUCAGAAUUUAACCAUUUGUGUUUGCAUAUGCUGUAACAGCAGUGUGUUUGCCACAAGAGAAAACUGAAUAGUUAAAUGCCAAUGAGCCAUGCAUUUUGCCCAGGUGGCAAGCCUCAUGAGGGAGGACUCGGGUAGCCUUGUGAGUAAGAAUGUUUAAGGGAAGAGACCAGGAAGGGUGGGGCUAGUUGAGAAGCCCACCCUCCUAACUAAAUUGGUAGUGAAAAAGCCGGUGCCCAUGGAAGGGACGGUUCAGCGAGAAAAGCAGGAUUGGGCCCAAGCGGGCAGGCAACAGAUAGAGAGAUUGGAAAACAGGUUGGAAACUUUGAGGGCAUAGUGGAAGGAAAGGAGUAAGUAAUUAUAAGCAUGGGGAUUUCAAAUCCCCAGGAUAAUAAUUGGAAUGGUAAAAUGUGUGUAAGACAGAGUCUUUGUACCAAGGUGCAACGCUCUCCUUUCUUCUGCAGAAUAAAGCAACUCUUCCUUAUCCCUGUCUGGCUGUUAUUGGCUCUCAGCUAGGUGGACCCGAUAUUUCGGUGACAGUUACUGGCAACUCCAGUUAAUGAAUUUCUGUCUUAUACAUUUGGGCAUUAGGUGUGUGGACGGAACUGAGCCUCUCAUUCGUAAUUCCUCAGAGUGGAAGCCAUCGCGUGCAAUGAAGCUCUGAGGUCUAAUUGGGAUCCUUCUGUCCCGGUCCCCUAUAGCGAUAAAAGAAGUGCUACCCAAAGACCCUAGCAGCCCUGCCGUUCAUUGAAACAAGGAGACUGAGUCUAUGUAAAGUCCAUCAACAAAAGACUGCUUUGGCUCCACACUGGAAAGGCCCUUUCCAAGUCCUGUUAACCACCAACACCGCUGUGAAGUGCCAAGGACUGCCUACCUGGACCCAUGCUUCUCACUGUUAAAAGAUCCCUUCACCUCGGGAGGACUCUCUGACUGAUAAGCCUUCUAGCUCUGCUGUGCCUUCUGGACAGCAGAAAAAUGGAAAAAAAGACAAGGUGAAGUGCUAGUAACCUCUCCCUUGUCCACUGACAGACCUAUUGUGCCUUUGGAUUUUUCUAGAAGAAGCAAAACCAUUACAGGGUGAUGUGCUAGUAACCUCUCCCCUGUAUAAUGCUAAACCACACUGUUUCAGGAAAAGAGACGAAGGAACACUUGCUUCAUUGAAACCACAAAGUCCAGGGAUUCCUGCCUACAAGAGACAUUUAGACCUGACCCUGGUGAAGAAACAAAGAAUUAUACACUGGCAGGAAGAAACUUGUGGGACCUAUGCUUGGGAAUGUGGUAUUGAUUGGAUUUUGGGGUUUAUUCUACAGGCUGCGCCCUGUGUUUUGGAUAAGUCCUUCAGCAUGUAUUGCCCUCCCUAAUUGGAUUUUAAAUUAUAAGUACCAAAGGCACCUUGUUGCCAUUGCCCCUGCCAUCUCCUCCAUUAUACUAUUACCCUUGUAACACAUCCAAAUACAGACAAUGCCAUAUAUUUGAUAAAACCAAUGGCCAAGGCCUUCACACUUUAGUGAUUUAUUUAAAUAUUGUUUGAAAAAAAAUGUUUAAGGUUCAGGAUAUCCUAUAUAAGUGAACAAUUGAAUGGAAAAGAAUGGAUCCGUGGAGAUAAAAAUAUAUGAUAUCACUACCAGUGAACCCCAAGAAUCUGUAAUUGCAAUUGAUCGGUUCUAUAGCGAAUGUUCCUGGAAUUUGCACUGUGUUAAAUGAGAGAGGCCCUUAUUGUUAUUUGGUCACCCAAUUAGUGAACAAUUAAACGAAUACCCAGAGUUUGUUUUGCCACUGGAAAUUUUACCUGCAUAGAAAUUAUUCCAGUGACUAAUAAUGUGACCUGUACCUUAUUGCAAUACACCCCUUCUUAUGCCAUUAAUAUCAAUGCCUCCCGGAAGAACAUAAAGGUGUUCAACCAACAGAUGUGGUAUAGUACUACACCAAAGAGAGAUGUAUUAGGAUAUCAAUGGACUGUGAUUAACACUACACUAGGGACUGUUAAAUUUUCAUUGCCCUUAUCCAGUUUCCAGAUUACCUCUACAUACCCAAAUUGCUCACAGGAGACUGCCAUUAGAUUAGCACAACAGAGGGCUUGGGUUAUUUCUUCUAGAAAGAAGAGAGACUUGACCGGAUCCCUAUGGGAUGGGGCCAAUAGUGCAACAGCAGUUUGGAAUAUUUUUAAGAACCAAGAACAUGAUGAGAAAUUGGGGCAACUAGAGAACGCCAUUGGCCUUGUUUCUGGAGCACAACUAACCCAGGUGCAGGCUGGAGUUGGUGAGUUACAUGUUAUUUCUGCCCUUAGUUCUAUGACCCAGAAGUUGCUGACAGAGAUGGUAUUGAAUAUCACUGAGGCUGGGAAGGCAUUGCAGUGGGAUCUAGCAUGUUCAGAAAUUCAGGAUUUCCUGAAUGACCAGCUAAUGGCCAUUCAGAAUGAUCUACAGCAUCAGGCUUGGCCCACUGCCCUUACAGACACAUCAGGAGUACCAUCUGAUCUGUGGCCAUGGAGACAUACUUGGAGACUUUCUGGGUGGAAGUGCAGAUGUUCUCAGGGCUCCUUCCAAGCAUAUGGACCGGUUGGGAGCGGGUGGGCUCCCACAUACCGAAUCCUGCCGGGUCCAUGGGGAGGAUGCAUGUGGGUAAUUCACCGAGACAUCUGGAAAAUUAGACUACCUGGCAUGCCCAAUCGAUUUUUAGUCAGUGCUCCUGGGAUUACACCUGACAUUUGGAUAGGGUUAGGGAGUCAAUGGACAUUUUGGCUGUUUGAACCCCCACAGCUUCAGUGUAUCCGUAAACUGAAGCCAGGAGCAGUUAUUACUCUUCAUGACUAUGUUUGCUGGGAAGGUAGGGGACAAGGAACUACACUGACAGGACACUUACUUUUUCAAGCUAAUGAUAGCUGUGUGUAUGUUAAAGCCACCACAUUGCAAGACAUACAUUUUAAUCUCAUUACCACUGCAGGCAAUCAUAUUAUUUACUGGCCUGCAGAUAGAAUUUUGCAAGUAGCCCUUAGGUUCCAGAUACCCUUUAAUUGGACUAGUUUAGUACCUGAUCGAUUUCAAAAUUUGCUUUCACUGUUACCAGAGGUUCAGAAAAUCUCUGAAAUACAAGGGCAAAUUCACAUACUUCAAUAUAUAUAUCAAGUUGAAAAGUAAGCCUUCAAAAAAAAGUUAAUAGAGUGUCCACCUUAUGUACUAAGUAUGAUGUAUUGUGUUUUAUGACUAAAACUGUACAACAACCUCAUCACAUUAUCGCUAUGGGAAUGUUAUUGCUUGUGUUGUUGUUAGGAGUAUGUUAUUGUUGUUGUAAAGGACGAAAUAAUAGUAAUACCUUUCAUGUCCAUGCUCAUCAUGCAUUGUCGUUACAUCCAAUCAAAACCCCUAAGGUUAAAGCAUCUGAUGUAAAAUCUGAAUUCCAAAACUUAAUGCAAAUAGAGAUUUAAGAAUGUUUGUUGUACUAGUAGUACAAAAGCGGGGGUUGUGGAAGCAGAGAAAGAACUGACAGGAAGGGGAUUGCAAUGCAUGACAGUUUGUUAGCAAGAGUCAGGCUAACUGUAACCCUAAUAACGGAAGAUUUGUAGAAGCGAGGAAUGUGUGAGGCGAGUGGGAAAGAACUGUGUGAGAAGUUGUUGCGACCUUGUGUAGAUAAUGUGUAGAUAAUAUGGAAUGUAGACUAAGAGUCUACAUUAGUGAGCAAAACAAGAUAUCAGAAUGACCUAUGUAUAAACAAAAUGCAGCUGUUGCUCAUUAUUGUCUGUAACAAAAGGUAUAAAUGCUUGCUGUAAUUGUUUACCUGUUGAGAGACCUGUUUAGCUCUCUCCCUCUAUGCAAUUGAUAGAGAGAAAAUAAAGUAUCUGAUUUGCUAUACCCAAACAAAAAGUGAGAACUCUGUUAUUCUCCGACAAUACUAACUAAAUUUGUUAGUCUCUAAGGUGCCACAAGUACUCCUGUUCUUUUUGUGGCUCUCAUCUGUGAUUCAAUCUCAAUCAGACACCAGGAGACUGUGGAGACAUCUACAUCUUAGUCAAAUGAAAGGGAGAUUAAAGAGUUGAGGGUAAUAAGCAUAUUGCUGAUACUCUAGCUCAUGUCACCUCACUAUCACAGCAAUUAGCAAAGACUGACAAAAAAAUGAAAGGCAGGAUGGAGUUGCCCAACUCCACAGCUGAGGCCCUUCAGUUUGGAGGAGCAACUGUACAAACCAGCCUCCCUCUCUUUAUAGGGAAUAAACAGAAUCAUUUAAAGGCAAUUCCAUUCAUGUGUUCCAGACUCCUGAUUUGCAUCAACAAUAUUUGGUGAGCAAUAGCAUGGAUGGGAUCAAGACAUCUGAGGUAGUCAGACGUUGUUGAAGUUGGCCUGAUACAGUCCUUUCAGACCUUCCCCCAGAAGGAGAAAGAGAGCAGACAGUAGUUGGCAAGGACACUAACAUCUGUAGAAUUGGUUUCUUAAGCAAAGACUGGAUCACAGCUUGUUUGUUUAGCAUUGCCAAGAUCUUGGCUCGCCCUUAGAUAAACAGUAAUGCUUCACAGCAGCAGGUUGGCAGGUCUGCAGGUAACUGGGCUCCUAUGCAAAUACAGGCAAGUGGGAGGUGUUUUGUUACCCAGAUAUCUCAAGUGUGGGUAAUCAGAAUAAGAGUAAUUUUAUCCUUCCCCAGAAUAAAAGCUCUUCAAUUUCUUAACAAAACUUUCUCCUAGAUGUAAAUAGAUAAUACGUAGUUGGAAGAAACAGAAAUUCUCCCAAAUCUGAUUUUGAAUCAUUUGCACAGUAUAUUAGCCAUACUGAGAGUUUAAUUCACCUACUUGACAUAAUAUAAUUUCAAGUAUGAAAUGGGAUCACUAACUUACGGCAAGCGACAAAUUUAUAUUCAAUAUCCAAUUAUAA